AAAAGUUUUCAUUUUUAACGUCUCACUGAAAAAGCUCCGCCUCACCUCGUGUCUCGCUCUCUCCGCCUCUCUUUCCAUCUCGCUCUCGCUCUCCGCCUUUUGCCUCCGCUGUCUCUAUCCAAAUUCUACGCAGAAGCCGCAUAAGCGGCAAACGAACGGAGGAACUGAAAAUGCCUGGAAUAACUGCACCUUCCAAUUAUUCGCAAGAGCCCCCUCGCCACCCUGCCCUUCUGAUUAAUUCCAAGGAGCCCUUCAAUGCUGAGCCACAUCGUUCAGCUUUGAUUUCAUCUUAUGUUACACCAACGGAUUUCUUCUAUAAGAGGAAUCAUGGGCCAAUUCCGAUAGUUGAUAACAUAGAUAGAUAUAGUUUUUCCAUAGCUGGUCUAAUAGAGAAUCCAAAAGAGCUGUACAUGAAAGAUAUUUGGAAGCUGCCAAAAUAUACAGUCACUGCCACUUUACAGUGUGCUGGCAAUAGAAGAACUGCCAUGAGCAAAACUCGCAAGGUUAAGGGAGUUGGAUGGGAUAUUUCUGCUAUAGGAAACGCUGUUUGGGGUGGAGCUAAAUUAGCAGAUGUUCUUGAACUGAUAGGAAUUCCCAAGUCCUCACAGAUAACACCAUCUGGAGGAAAACAUGUAGAAUUUGUAAGCAUUGACAAGUGUAAGGAGGAAAAUGGAGGCCCUUAUAAAGCGUCAAUUCCAAUGAGUCAGGCCACGAACCCCGAGGCUGAUGUUUUACUUGCUUAUGAGAUGAAUGGAGAGCCUCUUAACAGGGAUCAUGGAUACCCGUUAAGGGUGAUUGUCCCAGGUGUCAUUGGUGCUCGCUCUGUCAAAUGGCUUGAUUCCAUUAACAUCCUUGCAGAAGAAUGCCAGGGAUUCUUUAUGCAAAGGGAUUAUAAAAUGUUUCCACCUUCAGUUAAUUGGGAUAAUAUCAACUGGUCUACGAGGAAGCCACAAAUGGAUUUUCCUGUUCAGUCUGCAAUAUGUUCUCUGGAGGAUGUAAAUGUGGUAAAACCUGGAAAGGUAACUAUCAAGGGUUAUGCAGUAUCAGGAGGUGGACGUGGCAUAGAGAGAGUAGAUGUGUCCAUCGAUGGUGGGAAAACCUGGGUGGAAGCCUCCAGAUUUCAGAAAGCUGGCAUUCCUUACGUUUCUGACGAUAUAAGCAGUGACAAAUGGGCAUGGGUGCUUUUUGAGGCAGAGGCUGAUAUCCCAGAGAGUGCUGAGAUUGUUGCUAAAGCGGUGGACGCUGCUGCAAAUGUACAACCUGAAAAUGUAGAAGUCAUUUGGAACUUGAGAGGGAUACUGAACACCUCAUGGCAUCGGGUUCAUGUCCGGGUUGGGCAUUCAAGUCUGUAGACAAAGCAGUCGAGGCAGAAUACUGAUCCACCAUCCUGCACUGUCCUGACUGUGUUAUCUUUUUUUCCCAUCUCCAAUUUUUGAGAAGAAUGGAUGCAUUCAACUUGCUUUGAAAGUUUGAAUGAUGUCAACAUGUAAUUUAUUGUUUUCUUCAGAAAUUUUAUGCGUGUAAAAGUAUUAAUGUUUUGUUCUUGAAAUAAUUUUCGGGACUCUGAGCUGUUUGAAUGAUUGACAAAUAUAGACAUCGAUCAACUACCAAAAAAUAAAGGAUUGAUAUGAUGCGCUAUUAA